GUCGUCAGCGCGCCAUUCCUUACUUCUCGCCACCAUGCUGCCCCGCAACCUUCAGGCCGUCGCUGCGCGCAGCGCUCUCCGGAGCGGGCGCCGAGUCGCUACCACUGCGCGCGCCAGGCCCGCGCGGUCAGCAGCAGUCGCUGCGCCGAGCUCCUCCGGUUUCCACUCGUCCUCCCGCGCGGCCUUUCACUCGUCCUCUAGUCGGCGGGACGAGGCGCCCAAGUCCCCCUUCCAGACGUUUGUGGACGUGCUGAAGGAUGAGCUGCGGAAGAACCGGGAGCUGCAGGACAAUGUGAAGCAGCUGCAGGGAGACGUGGACAAGUUCCAGGACUCGGAAGCUAUGAAGCGGGCGAGGGAUGCGUAUGAGAGGGCAAGGUUGACAACUAGUAUCAAGGAGAAUCCUCGAUUACGGGCUGCUGCCGAUGCGCUCAAGAAGACUGGCGUCAGCGUCGGUGAUGCUGUCGGAGAGGCGCUCAAGUCCAUGGAGGAGAGCGAAGUCAUGCGUGCGAUCUCCCGCGCGUCUGCCGCCGUCUCUUCCACCAUAGAGAAGUCUACCGAACCCAUUCGCAACACCGCCGCUUACAAGACUUUUGCUGAGACUCUUGUUGACGCUUUAGACGACAGUGGUAGCGCUAAGCAUGCCGGCUUCGAGGAGAAGGAGGCGCGCCGCCUACGCAGGAAAAAGCGCCUGGAGAAGGCUGGCUUGACUCGUGCAGGCGUCAAGCGCGUCACCGAGAACCCGGAAGCUGGCGAGGCCCUUGUCUUGCAUAAGGACUCGCCGCGGCAAGAGCGUUGGAACCGGUUGAAGGAGGAGAACCCUGUCCUGCGCUCGUUCGUCUCCAUGCGCCAGGCGUACGACGAGUCGGAGAACCCAGUGGUCUCGACGAUGCGCUCAGUCACCAGCACCAUUGGCUCAUGGUUCGAGGAGACGGAGCAGGCUCAGGUGUUGCGGAUGAUGAAGGCGAUAGACCCUACUUUCGACCGCGAGCAAUUCGAGCGGGAGUUGCGGGAGUAUAUCGUACCGGAGGUCGUUGACGCCUACUUGUCCGCGGAUCAGAAGGCGCUGAAGGACUGGUGCUCUGAGGCUACCUACAAUGUCUUGUGGGCGACCAUGGAGCACUACCUGAAGCAGGGUCUGGUCAGCGAGAGCAAGGUGCUUGACAUCCGGCAAGUCGACAUCUCCGAUGGCAAGAUCCUGGACAACGACAUCCCCGUAUACCUCGUCCAGUUCGCCACCCAGGAGGUCCUGCUCUUCCGUAAUAUCAAGACCGGCGAGGUCGCCGUCGGUGCCGAGGAUAAAGUCGAGCAGUGCAUGUACGCUGCGGCCAUCACUCGGGUGCCGGAAGAACUCGACAACGAACUCACUGGCGGCUGGAAGAUUAUCGAGAUGGCGAGGCGGAGCGCGCGUGCUUAUUUAUAAAAGUACAUCUACUAGUCUAUAAUACUCACCCCCCACCUCAUAUACUAAUGACCUGACGACCUAUCACACUGCGUCUGAACGAAUGGAUGGCUGCAGCAAGUCCCCGUAGAAUUAGAAGUCAUGUCAUUGUUCGCAGUUGAAGUCGCACGUGGAAUUCGCG